AUCCAUCCACCAAAAACCAGGAAUCUGAAAACGUAGCUUUUGAGGAAGAAAUAGAAACAACGGGAGCUCUCUAGUUUUCUUCACUCGUCUCUCAUUCAACAAUUUCUCGUUUUCUUUCCAUUUUACCCUUCCCUUCUUCCCCUUAUUUACACUCCUCUGCCACUUUCCGCCAUUGUCGUUUUCCUCUCCUUUUCCUGCUUCAUGUCGUUUCACAUUCCCAGUUACUCCGAAGCUCAAUUCAACUCUUUAAAACGUUGCAUUUAGGGCUCCUUUUUGAACCGUGUUGAAGAUGAAUCGGAGCUUUAGGGCUCAGCAAGAAACGGCAAUGCAAACGGCAGCGUUGAAACAACGGCAACAGUUGAGAGCUUCGUUGAUGAAGGAGAAAGAGGAUGAGCUCUUAUUGUUUCUCGAGAUGCGUAGACGUGAGAAAGAACAGAGUACGCUUCUUAAUCACCCCUCCGAAGACUUUGAUGCUCCUUCAGGAUCUAAACCUGGAACUUCCCCGAUAUUUAAUCUUUCGGCACUGACGACUACGGCGGGGAGAAAGACGGGUGCUGCUGCUGACGAUUUUCUUAAUUCUGAAAGUGAAAAAAACGAUUAUGAAUGGCUUUUAACACCUCCUGGUACUCCACUUUUUCCAUCCUUGGAGAUGGAGUCACAAAAGACUGCAAUGAGUCAGAUUGGUGCUCCUAAGGCUGGCUUAACUGCCCUGAAAUCUAGGCUGGCAAAUUCCCACCCAGAGUCUGCUGCCAGGAGCAACUUAUCACCAAAGCAACUAGCUUUAUCCCCUGGGUUGAAUUCUACAGGUGUUCGCAGGCCCUCAUCAUCAGGGGGUCCAGGUUCAAGACCAGCAACACCCACUGGGCGCUCUACAUUGACUGGAGCAGCUAAACCUACAAGAUCGUCAACACCCAAAUCUCGGGCUACAUUAUCAUCAACUAAGCCCUCAAAUCCCUCAACUAAGCCUGUAACAUCUGCAACAAUGCCUGUAAUGUCUGCUACUAAGUCUGCAACAAAACCAGUAUCUUACACAACUAAGCCCAUGGUUUCUGCUGCCAAGACUGCAUCUUCUGUGACUAAACCCACAGUUUCUGCAAGAUCUGCCACGCCGACAAGGUCCACCAGAAGGUCUUCAACACCGACUGCAAGACCUUCUAUACCUUCAUCCAAACCAUUAUCAAGAGCAGCCACACCGACCCGUCGUCCAUCAACUGCUGCUAAUAUAUCUGCUUCUCCAAUCAAACCAGCCCCAUCAGUUACAAAGCCAACUCCUGCAGCAUCCAGAAAUUCUGUUCCAUCACGGGGUGCCUCUCCAGUGGUAAAAUCUAAGCCAUGGAAGCCUUCUGAGAUGCCUGGUUUCUCACUUGAUGCUCCACCAAAUUUACGAACAACACUACCUGAUAGACCACUUUCAGCGACAAGAGGCAGGCCUGGAGCACCAAGUUCUCGAUCUUCUUCUGUUGAACCAGGCCCCAUCGGUAGACCAAGACGGCAAUCAUGCUCUCCUUCAAGAGGACGUCCCCCUAAUGGUGCUUUGCUGCAUGUCAGUGGGAGCUCCGUGCCUGCAGUAAGUCGUGGAUUUUCAAAAGUUAGUGACAACGUGAGCCCUGUUGUGAUUGGAACUAAAAUGGUUGAGAGGGUAAUAAACAUGCGGAGACUGGCGCCUCCUGGGCAAGAUAAUAAACAUUCUCCUCAUGGUAACUUGUCUGGGAAGUCUUCCUCGCCAGAUAGUUCAGGCUUUGGAAGAACGCUCUCAAAGAAGUCAUUGGAUAUGGCUAUAAGGCAUAUGGAUAUAAAUCGACGCAUUCCUGGUAAUUUACGGCCUUUAAUGACAAAUAUUCCAGCAUCAUCUAUGUACAGCGUGAGAUCAGGUCCUACACGAAGCAGAAAUAUUAGUGUCUCGGAUUCCCCACUUGCUACAAGCAGCAAUGCUAGUUCAGAGCUUAGUGUCAAUAACAAUGGCAUUUGUUUCAAUGGGAACGAAGUAGAAGAUGAUAUUGGCAGUGAGGUAGGUGGUCGAUCCCCUGCCAGCAUGCAUGCCUGAUGAUUGCCAGGGUGAAUAAGGUACGACAAUACAUUAAUUGUUUUUUAAAUCUGUGAUAUUUGACAUUCAGAAGUGAACCAAUUUCUAGGAAGAACCACGAAUCGAAUCACUAUACUAAUAUUAAUGUAAAGCUAAUUAGAUUUGCCUACUGUGUUGUAAUUCACGAUCAUUGUUUAUUAGGGCAACCAAGGUAGAUGCUAGACAUCUUUUCUUCUUCAAUUUCGACACGGUGGGUUGUUAUGAACUA